AGCUGACAGUAUUUGUUUUUGUUGAUCUCUCGUUUUGAACAAAAAUUUCGAUGUGAGAUGGAGCAAAUAAACGAAGAUAUAUGGAUAAACAUACUAAAGUACCUGCCGAUGUGCGAUCAGUUUUCGCUGACCCAAGUCAACGAGAAUAUAUGCUCCUACGUGAAGUAUCAAUGGGGUCACCUCAAAACAGUGACCCUGUACCGCGAGGAUCUGGAAUUUCUGGACCGGAAUAGGAAACUGAUGCAGGAAUGUCUGGGCGGCUGGUCGGCAACGGUGGAGCAUCUGAAUCUGCAAGGUGCCAGCUGUGAUUUGCUUAGGAAGUGGACCGAGUACAGCUUUGCCCACCUCCGAACGCUGGACUGCCGCAUGGACUACAAUCUCGAGGAGGCGGACGAGGAGACCCUUCUGCUAACCAAGUUGUUUCCGCUGCUGACCAAGCUGUCACUCCAUAGCAGCACCACAGGUCGUCAUUUGUGGCACUGGAGGCAUCUGAAGGAGUUGGAUCUCACCUGGUGUGAGUAUCUGGACCCGGAUCACUUCCAGGAGAUCUUUGGCAGCUUGCAGCUGACCAAGCUGACUAUGCUCUACUACGGAUACAACGUGAACCUGGGCGAAAAGGUUGUGGACAUAACCCGGUGUACCAUGCUUGAGGAGCUGCACCUCGACGACCACCAUUUGUUGGGCGAUUUCCUGCCCCGACUGUUGAAUCUGCCGCACUUCCGCCGCUUGGCGUUCUACACGCGGGACUACUAUGAGUUCAUACUCAGUUCGGUGGCCAAGCACAAGCCGCUGAAGGUGCAAUCGCUUCUGUUCAACGACUCCUUCUGGAGCAGUGAACGGGUGGCGCACAGUAUACUGCAUAUGACCAAUCUACGCCGGCUGGUCCUGCAGGAGGAUGACAUCGACUCGCAGCAGCUGCACACCAUCUGCCACAAAUUGCCAAAUUUGGAGGAGCUGCACCUUCUGGCAAUGCGCAAAGUUCCCUCUCCCAGCCAUCUGUGGAACUCCGUAGGUCACUGCCACCUUCUUAGGAUCCUUAAUCUAUCGUCUACCAAGCUGAGCAGCCAGUCGGUGGAUCUCAAAAACCCCUACCUGUCAAAGGUUCUGCUCAAUCGCAGGAUUCCGCUGACCCUGCAUCUCCACAACACUGGAUUGGAUCCUAGUAAAGUUCUGCGGGAUUUCGAUUGUGCUGCUCUAAAAAUCUCCUUUGAGCCCAUCCAUUUGAAUAUCUGGAGUUCCCGAUUUGUGGAGAUCGAAUUCAGUCCAGACUCGUAGUAUCAAUUGAGUAUGAGAUUUCUACCUCAAUAGAAAUAGGCGUAGAUGUCUACAUCAAUCAAAUUGGUGAUGGAGAUCCAGUUUAUACAUUCUGUCUAAAGUAUCAUACCCUUUGCGAGGGUAGAGUG